AGAUGCUCAAUAUUCUGGUAUAAUUCAAGAUUUCUGUCUUGCUGUAUUUACAGGGUCAGUUGCCAUGAUGAGGAGUCUCUUCUUCUGUAUCGCAAUACUGGUUGUAUUAUGGUCUGAUAGAGCUCUCUGCAAGUCAGCAUUUUCUAGCAGCCCAAAAGCACACAUGCUCCUGCGUUCAAGAAGAGCCAACACUUUUAUGGAGGAAAUAAAGCCUCCAUCGUUGGAGCGGGAGUGUAGAGAGGAACUGUGCAAUAUUGAAGAAGCAAGGGAAAUCUUUAAAACAAGGGAAGCCACGUUGGAAUUCUGGAUGGCAUAUACAGAUGGAAACCAGUGCAACUCGAAUCCAUGUAUUCAUGGGAACUGUGUGGACCUGUUACAAGAUUACUCCUGCACCUGCAACACUGGAUUUGAAGGAAAACACUGUGACCUUCGCAGGACAGCCACUAACUGCUCUAUGAACAAUGGGGAUUGUGAUCAUGAAUGUCACGAGAGUGAGGAUGGUCUUGGUCGCACAUGCAGUUGUAUUAAAGGAUACCAACUACAAGACAACUCUAGAAAAUGUGUUGCCAAAAAUGAGGCAUCAUGUGGCCAGAUUCGGAUUGCAAAGUCAUCUUAUAUUAAUAAGCCUUUAGUAGGUUUACAGCCGUGGGUAAUAGGAGGUACCGUUGGCAAAAAGGGAGAGAGUCCCUGGCAGGCUCUUAUACUCAAUCAUUUGGGCAUGUUUCAUUGUGGUGGAGUUCUGAUUGAUGAAAACUGGGUUCUCACUGCUGCUCACUGCCUAGAGACAAGUACAAGGUUCAGUGUCAAGCUGGGUGACUACGACCGAUUUAGGAUUGAAGGAUCUGAGAUCACCCUUUCUGUAAAACAAUCUAUUGCCCACCCACAAUACAACCCUUCCACUGUUGACAAUGAUAUAGCUCUGUUGCGCUUGGCCACACCAGCCAAAUUUUCCACAUACAUACUCCCAGCAUGCCUCCCUAGCAAGAACCUGGCCGAACGAAUGUUGCAUCGUAAUGGUACUGUCACAGUCGUCACUGGCUGGGGGAAGGACAACGAGACCUCUCAUCACUUUGGUUCAACUCUCAACUUCAUUGAAAUUCCAAUUAUAGACAACAAAGAGUGUUCCAAGCAUAUGAUGAACAACCUCACUCAGAACAUGCUUUGUGGGGGAGUGAUGGGGCAAAUCAAAGAUGCUUGUGAGGGGGACAGUGGGGGUCCAAUGAUGACACUGUUUCAUGAUACAUGGUUCCUCGUAGGUCUGGUGUCCUGGGGAGAAGGCUGCGGGCAAAAAGACAAACUUGGCAUCUACACCAAAGUGUCCAGCUAUUUGGACUGGAUAGACGUUCGUCAGGGGUGGGAUAAAGUUUAAACCCCUACCUUUCUACCCUGUUUUGCCUAUUACAGAAAAUAUAAAUCACAAAAACCAGUGUGCUCCCUAUAGCUCUUUGGUGUGUAGAAAUUAACGUUUAAUAAACACAUUAAUUAAAACUGC